AUGGCUUCCUUUGAAAUCAAUGACUCCGACCUUACCGGCUUUCAGGGCAAAGUCGCCAUCAUAACGGGUGGGUCUUCUGGCAUUGGUCUGGCAACAGUCGAGCUGCUGUUGUCUCUAGGCGCACUAGUUGUGAGCGGCGACAUUCAGCCACCACCGGCGUCAAACGCCAACUGCCACUUUGUCCAAACCGACGUCAGAAACUGGGCAGACUUGACCAAGCUUUUCAAGACUGCCAAGGAGAAGCAUGGCAAAAUCGACUUUGUUUUUGCCAAUGCCGGAAUUGGCCCGCGCGCAAACUACCUGGCUCUCGAGGUCGACGAAAAUGGCGACCCAAUCGAGCCCAAUCAAGACACAAUAGACAUCAACUUGGACAGUGUUGUCAAGACUGUCACGAUUGCUGCUCACUACCUCAAGACUCAACCGGAAGGUGGAUCCAUUGUCAUCAUGGGGUCCAGCACGGGACUGCACCCCGUUCGCGCAGUCGACUAUUCUACGGCCAAAGCCGGUGUUCUAGGUUUCGGCAGGAGUUUUGCGCGCCUAGUCGAAGUAGCUGGACUACCUAUUCGCGUUAACACUCUUGCCCCUUCAUGGACGGCAACCCAAGUUUUGCCUGAUUUGAAAAACCUACUCGCCGCCGUCUCCCAUGACUGCCAGACACCUGACGUAGUAGCUCGCGCAGUUGCUUACUUGAUGGUUGAUAAGUCGAGGCACGGCGAGCUGAUUUUUGCUAGCAACGGCAAGUACACUGAGAUCCAGAACACUAUUCUUGCCCCAGCGUAUGAACAGAUUAAGGGUGAUGAUCUUAGUGAUGACGCUGUCUUGGCCAAGGUCAUGGCUCUUGCUGGUUAG